GUGGAUAUUGUUAACAGUUAUGAACUUCUCAAAUAGUUUACCAGUCUGGUAAUCCAUGAAAAGCUAACCUUAACUAGUAGACUCAUGGUUUCUCCAGUUGUUUUUAUUGAGUGGAUGGUGUAGUUAAAUGUGCUUACUAUAAUUUGAUCAAUAUGCUUUAAUAUGUAUCCUGCUACUGUGUUUCUCUCUUUCAUUUUCAAAGCAUUGUUAAUUUGCAGCUACCUUUUUUCCAGGUGUGCAUCUUUACACAACCAAAGAGGACACGUAACGUUUGUGCAAUAUGACCUUGUUAUUGAACAAGCAUUUCAUGUGGCUACCAGUAUAAUGAAGAAUGUUGAGGGUAGUAUUUAUGGCAUGUAACCAGGGGGCAUGAUCAACCCUCCAUCCAAUAACCUCACUGGACACAGCGGUGUUAUGGCCACUGUUAUUUUUGUGUCACCUCUUGUUGGGUCCUGAUCCAAGAUCACAUUGUGGGUGAUAUCAUGACAAAUGCAUCCAGACACUAAGCCAAUGUCUGGCGUAUUUACAAAUAUUAGUAACCUGCAGGGCUGUUCCAUGCCACUUAUAUUAAGAGAUAAGAGAGUGGGUCAGAGUGAUUGUGAGAGACUUGUGAUGUAAAAUCCAGAUCCAAUGAAAUUCCCAUCUAAUUAUAAAUAGCAAAGCCGGACUAUCGAGUAUAAAUAAGCCCUGGUCAUCCCAACUGAGCAAGGUUUGAGGUGGGAGGUCUGUGUGUGCUUCUCUUACUUCCAAGCAAUGCUGUCCACAAGGGUGAGUGUGUGUUCCUCAGGUUCUCCUGCUGCGCGGAGGAACUCGAGUGACACUCAGAAUAAUUUGAAGAGUAAGAAUGCAUGUCUCCUGACAAGGGUUACAGGACAAGCUAGCCCCGCUGUGAGAAAGCCCCUCUUGACAUUUUCCUGCCCGGAUGUUUUGAAGACUCUCCUCUCCCAGCACUGGAAGGACCUGCAGGAGGGAUUUUCAGAUUCGGAAGAGAUCAACAAAGAGAUCGAAUUCCAGAGCGAUGAACUGAAAUGGACAGCCACUAAAAUGGGGCUGUGGUCACUGGAGUACAAGAGGGAGCUCACCAACCCGCUGUGCAUCACGGCAGCGCAGGGCUACACAGACUGCCUGCGCUACCUGCUGGAGCAUGGGGCCCGGCCCAACCUGGCUCCCGGGGGCAAGACGGCGCUGCACGAGGCCUGCGAGAACAGCAACACUGACUGCGCCGUGCUGCUCCUGCAACAUGGGGCCAACCCCAACCUGCUGAACGAGGACGGGCUUGCACCCCUGCACCUCUGCAAGACAUCGCAGUCAUUCAGAUGUGCCAAAGUCUUACUGAGGCACGGCGCUGUGGUCGGCCAGCCCAGUGAGGAGGAAUGCGAGACUCCCCUGCAUGUGGCGGCCAAGCAUGGUCUGAACAAUCACCUGCACCUGUACCUGCGCAAUGGGGCGGCUGUGGACUGCACUGACAGGUCUGGAGAGACCCCGCUGGGGGCUGCCUGCGCUGGGGCCCAGAACCCAGAGGAGCUGGAGAACUACCUGCAGGUGUGCCACUUGCUGCUCCUCUAUGGGGCCGAUGCCAAUGCAGUGGACAAGGAGAAUAGCAGCCCGCUGCACAAGGCUUGCAGGAACACCCAACACAGCCUGGUCAUGCUGCUCCUGGAGAACAAGGCCGACAUCAAUGCCAUCGACUACAACGGGGGCUCGCCACUCUCCAACGUGCUGCAGAACAGCAACCUCAAGCUGGACCUGCAGCCGCACCUCACCGUGCAGAGCCUGCUCAACCACGGGGCUCACAAAGUCUGGCCACUGGCUUUUCUCAAGGUGUUGACGUUGUGUGCUUCUGCACCUAAAACAAUUGAAGUCUUGUUUAAUUCCUACCACCAAAUCCAGGUGACAUACAAGUGGAUGGAGGCUGUCCCAGAGGAAAUCUACCAGAUUCACCAGAGUUUCUACGAGUCUCUGUUUUCGCUGGAGGGCAAGCCUCGUUGUCUCCAGCACAUGUGCCGUUCCGCCAUACGGAAACAAUGCGGCCACAAGUGUCAUGUCAUCAUUACACAGCUGCCACUGCCAAAGUUCCUACAACGAUACCUUUUACUAGAAACCCAGGGGAUGCUCUACUAG